AUGGCGCCCAGCUUCUUUGGCGGGCCGGGGAGUUCCAGUCAUGCGAAGUACUUUGAUAUCAGACUGGACGACCCAUAUGUCAUAUUUCGCGGUAAUGAAGAGGAAUCAGCGAGCGCACAUCUCAAGGGGACUCUGGUGCUGUGUCUGUCGGAGCCAUUGACCAUCAAACACCUCAGGCUGCACCUCACGGGCAUGUCCAGGAUAAGUUGGCCGUUCCUGAUUGGCGCCGUCCCCGGUGGGAAGAAGCACGGCAAGGAACGAACGUUCUUCGAGAAGACCUGGAAGUUCAGAGAUGCCGGCAAGGGGAAGACGGAGAUCAUGCCUGCGGACAACUACGAGUUCCCCUUCGACGUCGUCUUGCCUGGCUCGUUGCCAGAGAGCAUUGAAGGCUUGCCAGAUACUUGGAUCAUCUACCGGUUCAAGGCUGAGAUUGGGAGAAAAUACACCAAGGACAUCCAGAUCAGGAAGCCCUUGAGGGUUAUUCGCACUCUGGGUCCCAGUGCUCUAGAACUAUCGCAUGUUAUGUCGGUUGAAAACAUCUGGCCCAACAAGCUGGAAUACUCUGUUUCGACUCCCAGCAAGGCCGUCAUCUUUGGAACAUCGGUGCGAAUCGAUUUCCGUCUGGUGCCCCUUCUCAAGGGUCUCAGGAUCGGGACGGUCUCGACCCAGUUCAUCGAAAGCUACGAUGUGAUGAGCUGCCGUGACGACUCGCAGCUGCUGCCAACGUCCCACAAGUCCGUCAGAGUAGUCGUCGCAGACCACUUUCGUCUGGGCCCAGAGGAGGAACGCCGUUACCUGGAGGAAGAGGACGAGGGCUACCAGUUCUCGCGCGUCCUCGAGCUGCCAAAGAAGCUGUGCAAGUGCAUCCAGGACACCGAUACCAGGGGCAUCAAGAUACGACAUAAACUGAAAUUCAAGAUUCAACUGCAUAACCCGGAUGGGCAUACAUCUGAGCUACGAGCAACACUGCCAGUAUUCAUAUUCCUCUCCCCAAACCUGCCGCUGGAUGACAACAACAACCUGGUCGAUCAGUCGCCGAGCUCGCCGCAGGUCGCUGAAUUCUGCAUGGCCCAGCAGGCACCGCCCUUGUAUGGAGACCACCAGUUUGAUAUGCUGUACAGUGAACUAGACCCUCACGGCUACCGAACCCCGGGAGUGUACAGCGGAGCCGCAUCGCCUUAUGGCUCGAUAAGCCGAAACCUGUCUGCAGAGAACCUGUCUUCCUUGACCACUUUAGCAGCCGGAGGUGAUGUCGCAGCAACCAUCCUCCACAACCGUUUAGUGAAUCUCGACAUCGACCGAACCUCGCUCCGUUCUCCCGUAACGCCCCCAUCCGAACUCACAGUCCCUGACCACCACGACAAUCGCCGGUCGUUGACCUUCCCCAUCACGACCUUUACAGCCGCCACCACUACACCGGAGAUGUCUCGGCGAACCUCGGAGGAAGAGCAUCUUCCGUCUGGGAUAAUGACGCCUCACCAUCUGCGACCUAGCGAGGUCGAGGACCUGUGCCGUGUACCGAGCUAUACGACCGCCGUCCGGUCGUCCUGUGCGAUGUCCACCCAUAGCGCUGGCCUACCAAACUAUGAAGCGGCCACUGCGGGCGAUGUAUCGCCGCCCAGGGAACGCACGCCUUCCCCUCAAAGACACUCGCAUAGCGCAUUCAACCGACUCUCUGCCACUUUUGCAGACGCCCUACCGCAGUUCUCGAUUCAUCGACACAGUCACAGCCACGACCAUGACUCUGAUCGCCGCGUGCGAAUUCUCCAGGCCCGGUCGAGCUCAUAA